AAAGUGUGUGUACAAACGAUACUAUCCAGCCCGGCCGACCAUGUCACUCCCGUGACAGAGACAAAAGAGGGUCCGGUCUAGAAAGGGAAAAAAGAAUCCCUCUUAUCCUGCACGCCCUUCCCAUCUCUUAUCCUACACCCCCACCUCCUUUUUCAAUUUUUAAUGGAGGGGCUUACUUACUCAGCCUUCCUUUCUUUCUCUUGUUCCAAGGGACCCUACUCCCCUGCAAUUCGUUGUUAAACUGACUCUAGUGAUGACAGUUAAAUGCAUAUUCUUCCCCUCUAUAUAAUCUAGAGAACAAACCAGAUGUUGUUUCUCCAAUGCCUCUGCUAUUCUUUGCCAUUGCCUAAAUCUGAUCUGUUAAGAUUUGGGCUUUUCUUGAUGAAUAAAGAAUACCCAUUUGCAUUUGUUUGCUAUUUGUUGCAGAGAAAAGGAUCUCUUUUUUGAGCAAUUGGUAUCAUUUUAUUAAAUGCGGGAUUUAUGAAAGCCUGUCGAAUUUGUUUAGCUAUAUGAAAGGAGGUGUCAAUGUGGUCUAAUCUAGUCCGUUUGGAUGGAUGUAUGUGAAUCAGAGCAACCAUUACGGAAGCAGUCGGCAGUGGAGACCUCAAGACCACCAUUGGUUCCGGCUGAGAAGAACAAUGGAACAAUCCGUCGGUCUCGAACAAGGGAAAUUAGUUCUAGGUAUAGGUCGCCUACUCCAGUCACUCCUGGUCCCAGGCGAUGCCCUUCUCCAAGUAUUACUAGGACAGUUAGUGCGCCCUCCCAGUUGGUACAGAAGAGAGCUAUAUCUGCUGAAAGGAAGCGGCCCUCUACACCACCAUCACCGACUAGACCAUCCACACCAGUUCAUGAUACAUCAACAGAGAUGCAAUUGGCAUCUAGGAAGAUAAUGGGAAGCCGGUUGCCUGAGGGUUUAUGGCCUUCCACGAUGCGCAGUCUCAGUGUUUCCUUCCAGUCUGAUACCUUUUCUCUUCCUAUUUCUAGGAGAGAGAAGCCAGUUACUCAUGCCCUUUCCGACCGCGCCUUGAAGCCAUCAUCAAAUGUGGCACAUAAGCAGGCUGAAACUCCCCCAAUUUCAAGAAAGCCUACACCCGAGAGAAAGAGAAGUCCUCUUAAAGGAAAGAAUGUCACUGACCAUUCAGAGAAUUCUAAACCAGUUAAUGGUUUGCAAUCUCGACUAGUGGAUCAGCAUCGAUGGCCGAGCAGAACAGGUGGAAAAGUAUCUUCCAACACUUCAUAUAAAAGCAUGGAUCUCACCGAUAAGACAACUAAAACUUCAACUUCACCCCAUUUGGGAACUGGGAUACCUUCCCUGAUGAGAAUGCCCAUAUCUGAUGGUACUAGUAAACCUUUGCAGAAAACUGCCAGUGACACGGCGAGGCUAGUAUCUUCUGGUGAAAGUAGAAGAAGGGAGUUUGAGGCAUGUUCAAUUGAUGACAAUGUGCCGGAGUCUGGAUCACACAAGAUUGUUUCUUCGAGUUCAUUAGAAAGAACGACAAUUGUGAGUCCUGCACUUAGAUCUCAAUCUCUGCCUACUCCUAGAUCACGUCCUCCUUCACCAAAUAACACAUCAGUGUUAUCAUCCUCUGUUUCAAGAGGUGUCAGCCCCUCUCGUAUGAGGACCUUGAAUACUAUUCCUUCAAGAGGGGUCAGUCCAUCUCGGAUAAGAGCAUCCAGUCCUUCAAGACAAUCCAGCAGUUCAACAACUUCGGUACUUAGUUUUAUUGUGGAUAUUAGAAAAGGAAAGAAGGGCGCAAACCACAUAGAAGAUGCUCAUCAACUGCGGCUACUGUACAAUAGACAUUUGCAAUGGCGAUAUGCUAAUGCCAGAGCUGAUACUGCACUUUAUACUCAGAAAGUAACAGCAGAGAAAACAUUAUAUAAUGUGUGGAGAACUACCUCAGAGCUGUGGGACUCAGUAACCGAGAAUAAGAUUGACCUCCAACAGCUGAGGCUGAAGCUGAAGCUGUACUCAGUUUUGAACGAACAAAUGGCCUACCUCAAUGACUGGGCUUCGAUUGAAAGAGAUCAUUCUAGUUCUUUAUCUCAAGCUAUUGAAGAUCUUCAGGCAAGCACUCUCCGACUUCCCGUGACUGGAGGGGCAAAGGCAGAUAUGGAAACUGUCAAGGCAGCUGUUUGCUCAGCUGUUGAUGUUAUGCAGGCUAUGGGAUCCUCCACAUGUGCUAUACUCUCAAGGGUGGAGGGGAUGAACUGUCUGGUUUCUGAACUUGCUGAUAUAACAGCCCAGGAAAGAGCCAUGCUUGAUGAAUGUGAAGCUCUAUUGGCUUCUACAGCAGCUAUGCAGGUAGAGGAAUACAGCCUUAGGACCCAUCUCAUACAAUCGAGACAAGCUUGGGAAAUUGGUGAUCAGCCUCUGUUGGCCAUCAAAACACCUCCAUGACUCAAUCCAGAUGCUCAGCUAAACAAUCUUUCCGUUUGCCACUUUAACAAAGACAAAUGACACGAGCUUCUCCUGUCUCAGUGUGAGUGUAUAUUGAUUCUUUUUUUUUUUCUUUUUUUUUUUUUUCCCUUUCUUCUUUUAACUCUAGCGGGAAUGUGUAUUUUCUUUAAAUCCAUUCUUUUUCCUUCUCAGCAAAGAGCUGUAGGCUCAGGCCUUUCAUAUAAUUUUUGUAUCACUUAAAUGAAAAGAAAAUGCCAAGGAAGAAAAGAAAUUGAAUUCAAUAGAGAAGCAGGUUCUGGAUUUGAUAAA